CACUAUUGUGAGAAGAGCGUAGCAAGUACCUCUGUAGGACAAAAUGGACCUAGUUUUGAUGAAAAUUGAAGGACUAAAGUGCAACGGUUGUGUCCGAAAGCUUAAAGAGGAGUUUGAGCUGGUAUCAGAAGUGGUCAGUGUUGAAACAGUUGAUUUGCAGACAAAGUUGGCAGCUGUUUGCACCCAACCUGAAACUCCGUAUUUCGUUUUAGAGUCUGCCAUAUCCAAUUGUAAUACAAAGUUAGAAAAUAUCGAAACUGUAUCUGCCUGUUUUGCUUUAGAAACUUUGCAUAGAGAAAGAACCUUUCUCUUGCAAAUAGAGCCUUUACGUUGUUCUUCCUGUGUGAAAGUUGUCAAGGGAGCAGUUGAGAAACUAUGUGGACAACUUGUGUAUUCCAGUAUUGAAAAUAAGUUAGUAGUCGUUAAGAUUCCAGUUGAAGUUGACGCUGAUAACUUCAUAACCAAAGUAAAGGAAGAGACCGGAAAACAAGUUACUAGUGUUUUAGAGUUGGGCCUUGGUCUGUUGGGAAAGGCGAUAGUGAGUUCAGAGUUUACAGCUGAAGAUGAUCAAAAUACUACAUUUGAAUAUGUCUUUAAGCUGACCAACGACUUACAGGAACUUGAGAUGCGCGAAGAUUGGAUAAGAAAUGUUUUAGAGGAAAAACUUGGGAUGACCAAUAUCCAUCUUCCUAAAGAACCGAGUCAUUUAUUUUUUGCAGAAAGUGCAAGUAAAGUAGUAUUUGAUGAUAUGAAUGAAGCUAUGAAAGAAAUCGACUUUGAUUUGGAUUGGUUUCUUUGCUAUCAAGACUUAGAAGAAGACUUCGUUGGUUCUAGUUCUAUGAACGUCCGCAAUGCGCGUAUUCGUUUGAGUCCUUUGAUAUCCUGUUCUCAUUGUAGAGAGAAGAUUUCGUCGUUGCUGAACAAUGCAUUGCAAGUAAAUGAGGUAGAAUUCUCGGAUAAUCCAUAUGAUGGGUGUUUUAGAGUAGAAUUGUAUUCUAUUUGGGGCUUUCAUUCGUUGGAAAAAAUCUUCCAUGCUUUUAGUAGAGCUUGGAUUCCAUUGGAGGCAAUAUCCUCUUUCGCAGACUUUUGCCAGAAUUUAUCAUCUUGUAAUAAUGCCAAGGAGCUUGUGGUGGAUUGCAAUACUAUGGAGAUGUGUAAACGAGAUAAAUUGGUAGAGUCGAUCGCUUCUUCGACUGGCGUUUUCUUUGUGCAAAAGAACUAUUCUGAGAUGGUAUUACUUCGAAUUGUUUACAAUGAAAGUGUUGUAUCACAAUCUGAAAUACUGGAAAAGAUUGUGUCUCUUGGAUUCCGAGUAGACGUCUCCAGAGACUGUAGUAUCUUGAGUUCUGUUUCAAAUGCUGAGUCAACCAACAAUCCAAAGGUUGGAACAUUGAAUAUUGUAAAAAGGUACAAUUGCGGCUGUAAUAAACCCAACUGUUGCUGCCUAUCACUUCCUUUGAAAGAAAUGAAGGAUCAUUCUGAUGAAGCUUUAUCGUUCACAGAAAUAGUUUUUAAGGACUCGGGGUCUCCUAGAGCGGUGGAUGAACUUGCAACAUAUCUGUCUUGUCGGUCUUGUCAUUUCAACAAGGAGCAGAAAACCCAAUGUGAAGUACUCCAAAAGAUGGAUGAAGAGGAAAUUGUAGUCUGUACGGAUAGUCCAAUUUGUACACUAUCAUCAACUGAUACACCACAAUCCUUUCAAUAUCAGCGUGAGAAGAAGACUGCCAAAUUGGCGACGACAGUUUCCGGUAUGUCUUGUGCUUCUUGUGUAGGUGCUAUAGAGAACUGUUUGAAGCGAUAUGAUGGAAUCGUAAAUGUUUCAAUUGGUCUUAUCACUUCAAUGGCCAAUAUCGAAUUCAUUGCAGACAAGAUUUCCCCUGAAGAGAUUCAAAGAGCCAUAGAAUCUCUAGGUUACGAAGUAUCCACACCAAAAGUAAUUGAUUCAGAGCGAGACUCAGAAGAACUUGUAUUUGGCCUUCAGGUUACUGAUGGCUCCGUUGCUGAUAGUAUUUGUCAGAUUCUUAAAGAACAACCUGAAGUGGAACAUUUCCAAAAAGAGUCGAUGAUAAUGAAUGAUACCGUAGAACACGUAUUACCAACACAACAUUUUCCUUUUUCUUUGCUUUUUCCAAAAUCCAAGAUGCUGACCUAUCGAAUAAUUGUACAUUUGGAUGAAAACGAAGUGAUGAAAUGGAGAUUAAGUGACAGUAAGGAAUGCAAGAACGGUGAACAUGUCAAUCCUAAAAUAAGACUGAUGCGGUUGCUACAUGCUCGUAACUUGGAGUGUACCGUCGUGAGUGGGAAUACAAGCAAGGAGGCUCAUCAUUCGCAACUAAGAAAGAGGUUGGAGAUGGAAGCAAACAAGUUGUUGUUGCGAUGCAUUGUUUCAGCCAUUUUCACUAUUCCUAUUAUGAUAUUUAGUUUUGGUCUCGCGAAUCAUGUUCGUGGCGUCAAUACACGUUUAGGAAAGUCACAAAUAACUGUAGCAUAUUUAGUAGAAUGGAUAUUGGCAACCUUUAUUCAGUUGAUUGGAGGAUAUCCUUUCUAUCGAGGAAGUUAUUUCGCUAUUUUUCGAAGUCAUCGACCCAAUAUGGACGUAUUAAUAGCUUUGGCGACAUCAACUAUCUAUGUCUACUCAGUUGCAUCUCUCAUCUAUUACUCGAUUGUGGAUCAACCCGGUCGUGAUAUAGACUUCGAUUCCAGUUCGAUGUUAAUUACUAUCAUAACAUUUGGUAAAUGGUUGGAAG